AAAGCGUCACUGCUGGGUUUUGAUUGGAUGGCGAAGGAGGCGAGCCAUCAUUACUUGUAUGGGAAACAGCGCGUUUAGUCGCAACUGACAGCACGCGUCUUUGCGAUUUUCGACAUUGAGGAAAAAGGAAGAAGAGAAAGAGAACGAGAAAGAAGACAUGGAUACUGUUGAGCGAGGAGCGAUACGCGAUGACGAGGAAGGGAAAGAUGCACAAUUAAGAGAUGGGCACGCAGGCGAUGUUGAGAAAGGCGGUGAUGGCCAUACAAACGGAGAGGAUAUGAUGGGUAACAACCCAUCUACGCAAAAAGACCUUCCUCCCUUGAAAGGACUAUCAUUCCUCGACCGGUUCCUAGUCGUAUGGAUUAUCCUCGCCAUGGGCAUCGGUAUCGCAUUGGGAAACACAGUUGAUUCCGUGGGCCCAGCGUUGCAGAGAGGAGAGUUUGGGGGCGUUAGUGUGCCGAUUGCAAUCGGCCUCCUCGUAAUGAUGUAUCCCAUCCUCUGCAAAGUCCGCUUCGAAACCCUACACCUCCUCCUCAAGAAACGCGAUCUCUGGAUCCAAAUCGCCGUCUCCUUCGUCCUAAACUGGGUUGUCGCUCCUCUCUUCAUGGUCGCUCUGGCAUGGGCUUUCCUGCCCGACCGCCAGGACCUACGCGAAGGACUUAUCUUCGUGGGCAUCGCACGCUGCAUCGCCAUGGUACUCAUCUGGACGGAUCUCGCAGGCGGCGACGGCGAUUACUGCGCCGUUCUUGUGGCGUUUAAUUCGAUACUGCAAAUUGUGCUGUUUGCGCCGUUCGCUGUGUUUUAUAUCCAGGUCGUUAGUCAUGGGGCUAAGACGGAUAUCUCGUAUGAGAAGGUCGCGCAGAGUGUGGGGGUCUUCUUGGGGAUACCGCUUGGUGCUGCCGUGAUCACGAGGUUGGCGCUGCGGUCGAUGCUAGGAGAGGACCGCUACCAACGCAGGUUCAUACGUUAUAUCGCGCCGUUUUCGCUCAUCGGCCUGAUCUACACGAUUAUCGUGCUGUUUGCUAGUCAGGGCGCGCAUGUUGUUAGGCAGAUUACGGAUGUGCUGAGGGUCUGCGCGCCGCUGUUGGUUUACUUCAUCGUCAUCUUUACGGGUACGGUUUGGUUCUGUUGGAAGAUGGGGUUUAGCUACAAGGUUAGCUGCACGCAGAGCUUCACUGCUGCAAGCAACAACUUUGAGCUUGCUAUCGCGGUUGUCGUCGCGGUCUACGGCGCGGGUAGCGGACAGGCUCUUGCAAGCACAGUGGGCCCCUUGAUCGAGGUUCCCGUACUUGUGCUUCUGGUGUAUGUUCUCAAGUGGAUACGAAAGAGAUGGCAAUGGGUCUAGACGUCGCAGGAGUGUACGAUAUGGGAUGGGCAUCAAUCAUGAUGCGAGCUAGCCGUUGGAGGGGCACCACGUCCCGGACGUGAGGAAGAUAUUUGGAAUGUUCCUUGCUCGCACGACGCUUGUGCUGGUGUAUAACAGCAGAAUGGUUUAGCUGCACAGGAGUAGUAAUAGGACGGGUCGAGUAUAAGACGAAUACCAAGGUCAUCCCGUCGGUCAUAAUCAAUCUCUAGCACCAGUCAUGUGUCGAGAAUACACC